AGAGGCGUGUCCUCACGGCGACCGUUGAUUUUGACAGGAGUUGAACAAAGCGAGUGUUUGCAGGCAGCGGUUUCCCACUGAUUUCCAUCUAAGCUGCUUAUUUAAGAAGAAAUGAGAAGAAGAAGCAGCAGCAACGCCAGUCGGAGAAGUUCAACAAACAAAAGGCGCAGCGACAGUUUGGGUUUCGAUGAAUUUGGCUUUGCUUUCACCAGCAAAAAGGAGCAAAAACUUCACCACAGAUGCCAUGAUUACAGCUACCCUCAGCUGAGCUUGGUGAGGGUGAAGGAGCUGUGUGAACUGCUCAGCUACUGGAAUGGAGCCAGCUUCAUCUGCAGGAGUCAGAUUGAACGGUUUAUCAGGAUGGGCAUUCCUCCAAGUCUACGAGGGAGAGUGUGGAAGUGCCUUCUCAACAUCGACAGUCUGAGAGAAUCCAGUGAAUUCAACUAUCAGACGUGUUUGUCUGAAGUUCGCGGGCCGCUUGUGGAUCUUGGCGUCAGUGAAUAUGGCAUUUUGUCUGCCAUCACUACCCUGAGUGAAACCCAGAACGAUCUGCGUUUGAACCAGCAGCAGCCAUCAAGCUCCUCUGACUCUUUCUACUCUAUGGAUGAAAUAACUCUUUUCAGGCAGAUCGCCCUGGACCUACAGCGAUCCUUCCCAACCCAUCGAUCCCUGAUGGGACAGAGCCCAGAGGCCAUCGAGGGCCAGGCCAAACUCUUCAGGGUCCUCAUCGCUUAUGCAAAAUACAACCCACAAGUUGGUUACAGCCAAGGCAUGUCCUACAUAGCUGCUGUGCUGCUGAUGCAGCUGGGAGAGGAGGAGGCUUUCUGGGCUCUGGCAGCCUUGUUGGAUAAACCCAGAUAUCUGGGUGAACUGUUUGACCUCAGUCUCACGAAAGUCCAACAUCAGGUGAAGGUGUUUGAUCAGUUCCUCAAACACAGGAAGGCUCAGCUCUCCAAGCACUUGGACUCGGCUGGAGUCUUAUCAGUCCAUUUCGUGAUGCCAUGGUUUCUCACUCUCUUCACUUCCCUGCCCUGCUGGGACUCUGUUCUGGCUGUCUGGGAUCUCAUCAUAUUGCAAGGUUUACCAGCUGUUGUCCGUACGGCUCUGAGCAUCAUCGAGCUUCUGGAGUCUCGACUAAUGGAGCUGAAGGAUGAAGGAGCAAUAUUACCACUGCUGUUAAGAGUACCUGUAGAUGUGGCCCAGUACACCGUGUUGGUUUCAGCUCUGUGGCAAACUGAGGUCCAGGACUGGGAGCUGAAAUGCAUGAACAGCCUGGUGCUGGAUGACGGCCGCCAUGAAUCUGAAGAAAAGCUGCAGCAGAUGUCAAGUAAAGCCGCAACAGCAAAAGAGACACGACAUAUUUCCACAUCAUCAGAAGGCGAGAGAACCACUGAAAAAGUCCCAGGGAAAAUGAGUUUGUUGGGUCGAGUGAUGCGCGUGGCCCAGCGGUACCUGUUCAGCCCGUCGGGCCACCAGAAGGUUGAGGAGAAGUGUUCACAAACGCAGGCCGAACACAGACACCGAAGUCCUGGACGUGUUUUCCAUCGUCGGACUUCAGGUUCAUUAACGCAAGCUCAGGCAAGAAUGAAAAGGCAAAGCAAGCAGAGAGGUAGUGGCCACCAAGCUGAAGGACAAGGGGGCAGCGGUGGCAUGUCCUCACCUCCUGCUACUGGGAAAAAACCUGCUGGUAGUGAGAAAACUGAAAGAUGUGAACCAACCAUUAAGAGAUCGGGUACAGGGUCUGCUGGGAAGAUGACUCAUCGCCGUAGCAACCGCAGCAUUGUUCAUCACGCCAGAGUGAAGUCCCAUCACGUUUUUCGAAACGGGAAAACUUCCCCUGUCCAGAAUCCUUCCACCACCCUGGUUCCCCGUGCAUCCCGCCGCUCCUCCACCCUGCCUCGAGCUUUCUCCCCCUCUAAUCCAAGUCUCCAAUCCACCGGUGCCUCUCAGAGUGGAGAACCUCAGGAAACGCCCAAUACGGCUCUCAUCAGAGAGUUGUCAUCCAGACAUCAGACCAGUGUGCCCUUCAGCAACAUCAGAGAAUCAAAGCUGAUUUAAAAACAAAGAGCUAAGGAAUGUUGCCGUCUAAAACUCAUUUCUUUUUUUAACUUUUUCAAAUAUUAAAUAAAACAUAUUUUUAAUGGU